ACGACUGUCCAGUGGUCUGGAGCCGGUUCGGGACACAAACAACUUUUGACUUCUUUCCGUAGCUUACUACUGUUGACAUCAACAUCAGCCCCGUUAAACGGACAACGACAAGAUGCAGAGCUCUCUACUCUCCCUCUUCACUCCCACCAUGGAGUUGAACAAGAAAUAAGAUUCUUUCAGGAGAAAACAGGUUCCCAUGGUGUCCAGGCCACGUGGUCUCUGCCAUGCCUCCCGCCAUGACGGAUCAGCUGGACAUGUGGGCGGACUCAGGGCUGGAUGGAGACGACCAGGUGCUGGUGGACUUUCUCCUGCCCACCGGAAUCUACAUUCAAAUGGAAGUGCCCAGGGAAAGCACCAUUCAACACAUCAAACUGUUGCUAUGGAAGCAGGCCCAGGAGUACCCUUUCUUCUCCCUCCUGGGGGAGAUGGAGGGGCACAUGUUUGAGUGUGUGAACCAGGCGGCCGUGCACGAGGAGCUGGAGGACGAGAGCAGGAGGCUCUGCGACGUUCGGCCCUUUCUGCCCGUCCUCAAACUCAUCACGCGCAACUGCGGCCGCGCCGAACGCCUGCUCGACUCCAAGAUCGGCGUGCUCAUCGGGAAAGGUCUGCACGAGUUGGACGCUCUCCAGGACCCUGAGGUGAAGGAUUUUCGUCUGAAGAUGCAGAGGAUGAGUGAGGAGAAGAUGCAGCAUGCUCAGAUGAUGUCGUGGAGGGAGUGGCUUAUGAGCUACUUCUCACCGCCGCUGGAGGCGGGGCCAGUAAAUGGCCUGAUUGACAAGGCGGAGACAAUUAAAAUCAUCAUGCACUACGACCAGUCGCAGGACACAGCCAGUCUCAAGGUGUCUGUGAGCUGCACGGUGAUGGAGCUGAUGGAGGUGGCCUACAGGAAGUGGCUGACCACUCACGGGCCUGAGGAGGAUGGCAGUUACCUAGGCGACUACGUGCUCCGCGUCAGCAGCAAGUUGGAGUUUCUGUUUGGGGAGCAGGCCCUCGUUCAGUACAAGUAUAUCAGGUCGUGUCUUUUGGCUCAGGAAUGUCCUCACCUGACCCUGGUCCACUGCAGUGUGGUGAAGAGCAUGUUUGAGAGGGAGAUGUCUGUCAUCGGAGCGGUGUUGCCACGCAAGUCCUCCAACCCCCCCCUCCCUCUGCCCCCCAAGAAGAGAGGCCAGUCGAUGCAGCUGCAGCAGCAGACGUGUGUGUGGGAUGUUCACACUCCGUUCCGGAUCACUCUGGUAAAGGGCAUUAAGGUGAAUGCAGAGGAGACCGCCAAGGUCCAGGUCAGGGCAGGCUUAUUCCACGGUACUGAGCUGCUAUGUAAGCCAGCGGUGAGCAGUGAGAGCAGCGGUCGUACGGAGCACGUGUGGAACCGCAUGAUGGAGUUCGACAUUCCCGUCUGCGACCUUCCCCGAAUGACACGCCUCUGCUUCGCCAUCUACGCCGUCAUGGACAAAGUGAAGAAACAGAAAUCCACCAAGAACACACACCUCAACAAAUACCAGACCAUCCGCAAAGCAGGCAAAGUGCACUAUCCCAUAGCCUGGGUUAAUACCAUGGUGUUUGACUAUAAGGGACAGCUGAAAACUGGAGACAUUAUUCUCCACACUUGGUCCUCAUUUCCUGAUGAGCUGGAGGAGAUGUUGAAUCCCAUCGGAACAGUCCAGACUAAUCCGUACACCGAGAAUGCCACAGCCCUGCACUUUAGCUUCCCAGAAUAUUCCAGUUAUCCUGUCAUCUUCCCACCCUUUGACAAGAUUCUAGAGAAAGCUGCUGACAUUGCCGGGUCCAGCGACUCCGUUCCAAUGGUAGGACGCGGGGGUAAGAAGUUUCACAUUGAGCUGAAGGAGAUUAUGGAGAGAGACCCUCUGUCCCAGCUGUGUGAGAAUGAGAAAGAUCUCAUAUGGACACUGCGCUACGACUGCAGAGAAAACUUCCCCCAGUCUCUGCCCAAACUACUGCUGUCUGUCAAAUGGAACAAACACGAAGACAUGGCCCAGUUGCAGGCUCUGCUACAGAUCUGGCCCAAACUGAGCCCACGGGACGCUCUGGAGCUCCUGGACUUUAACUACCCAGACCAGUAUGUCCGAGAGUACGCCGUUAACUGCCUCAGAGACAUGAGUGAUGAGGAGCUUUCUCAGUAUUUGCUGCAGCUGGUGCAGGUGUUGAGAUAUGAGCCGUAUUAUGACUGUGCUCUCAGCCGAUUUCUGUUGGAGCGCGCUCAGAACAACCGCAAGAUUGGACAUUUCCUCUUCUGGCACCUAAGGUCAGAGAUACACAUGCCAGCUGUGUGUGUCCAGUUUGCUCUGAUAUUGGAAGCCUACUGCAGGGGCAGUAUCCCUCACAUUGAAGUGCUGAAGAAGCAGGUGGAGGCUCUGAGUAAGCUGAAGGCAGUGAACGAACUGAUUAAGCUGGGCACCAUAAAGGCCAAGACGAAAACCAAAGAGCUGAAGGAAGCCAUGAUGACGUGCCUUCGCCAGACGGGCUUCAUCGAGACCCUGUCAGAUCUCCACUCCCCACUCAACCCUAACAUCCUGCUCGCCGGCGUCCACGUGGAGAAGUGCCGCUACAUGGACUCUAAGAUGAAACCUCUGUGGAUCGUGUAUCAUAAUAAGCUACUGGGUGGAGACACACUGGGGAUCAUCUUUAAAAACGGAGAUGAUCUAAGGCAGGAUAUGUUGACUCUACAGAUCUUGCGGUUAAUGGAUCUGCUGUGGAAGGAGGCAAACUUGGAUCUCAGAAUUGUGCCCUACGGUUGCCUGGCAACGGGGGAUCGUUCCGGUUUGAUUGAAGUGGUGUCCUCUGCGGACACCAUCGCCAACAUCCAGAAAACCAGCAGUAACAUGGCUGCCGCGGCCGCGUUCAACAAAGACGCCCUCCUCAACUGGCUCAAGGAGAAGAACUCUGGCGAUGCUCUGGAGAAGGCGAUAGAGGAGUUUACACUGUCAUGCGCUGGCUACUGUGUUGCCACCUACGUUCUAGGCAUCGGCGAUCGUCAUAGCGACAACAUCAUGGUCAGGAGUACAGGUCAGCUGUUCCACAUAGACUUCGGUCAUAUCCUGGGCAACUUCAAGUCGAAGUUUGGGAUCAAACGAGAGCGCGUUCCCUUCAUCCUCACGCACGACUUCAUCCACGUCAUCCAACAGGGAAAGACGGGGAAUACCGAGAAGUUCGGAAGUUUCCGUCAGUAUUGUGAGGAGGCUUACCUGAUUUUGCGGAAAAACGGGAAUCUCUUCAUCACUCUCUUUGCUCUCAUGCUUACGGCGGGUCUACCGGAACUCACCUCCGUCAAAGACAUUCAGUAUCUCAAGGACUCUCUGGCGUUGGGUAAGACCGACGAAGAGGCUUUGAAACAGUUUCGACAGAAGUUUGACGAGGCUCUGCGGGAAAGCUGGACCACCAAGGUCAACUGGAUGGCCCAUAACGUGGCCCAUCGCUCCUGAGCGCACAGGGCCACGGUCAUAACGACCGCUCCCCGACACGGAGGGUUCCCCAGGCCGCGGUCAGGGACCGGGCUCACUGCCCGCUCACAGACACAAGGGUUCUAAACAACCGUGACCGCCAAAUAACAACCUCCUGAAGACCAUCCGGGCACACUUAACCAUGACCACUCAGACGGUUUAAACCGUUCAACAGACUUUCACGCUCCUGAAACCAUAUUUAACAGCAACUUAUGCUCAUUUCUUCGGACCGUAACACAAUCACAACUAACCUGACCACGCUGGAAGAGAAGAGGGCACUCGAGAGAGUGGGAAGGGGGGAAAAGUUUUGACUGUAAAGGAGGAAACGGGAGGCCCUGUGCCCCUGUCAAAGCAGCCCUCUACCCUGUGUCAAGAAUACUCUCUCACCUGAGUGGCCAAGCACACUGGAGGUUGGACCAUGUGAUUUAGUUUGUGUGAUGUGAUUGGACGAUGGUGACUUUGCACAUUAAUGGAUGUCCCUCCAGUGAAAGGAGGAGAAACUUUGCCGUAUGAAAGUUUGACGGACACCAAAAAGAGGUGGGACCUUAGAGACUGUAGUUGAAAACAGACCAAUCAGAGCACAAGCUCAGAGGAAGUGCAUUUUAUCAGACCAAUCGUGCUUGAUGUAUACAUGUGCCUCAAAUACUGCACAGAGGACCAGAUCAUUUCUGUUUUGUUUUGUUUUGUUUUUUUUAUUGUAUUUGUUUUUCUUUAUUUUUUAAAAAGUUUUAUCCAACAUGUUUUUGUGCCAGACU